AUGAAUGAGAUGCAGAAGGAAGUUGAAACAGAUGAUGAUGGCAAACCAAAACGAACAGGUACAACAUGGACGGCGAGUGCACAUAUCAUAACGGCGGUUAUUGGCGCUGGAGUGCUAACUUUACCAUGGGUGAUGGCUCAAUUGGGAUGGAUCUUUGGUAUAUCAUACAUAAUAAUCAUAGCUGUUGUCACACUCUACACUUCCAAUCUUCUAACAGAUUGUUACAGAACACCAGAUCCUGUUACUGGCAAGAGAAACCGUACUUACAUGGAAGCUGUGAAAACCAUCUUAGGUGGUAAAAUGCAUGUCAUGUGUGGGAUUGUCCAAUAUGCUAACCUUAGUGGAGCUGCAAUCGGAUACACAAUAACUACAUCCAUAAGCGUCGUGUCAAUACAAAAAAUCAAUUGCUUCCACAAAAGAGGAAUUGAAGCACCGUGCAUUUUUUCUAAUAAUCCAUAUAUGAUUGGUCUUGGAGUUGUUGAGAUAUUUUUGUCACAAAUCCCUAAUUUUCACAAGUUAUCAUGGCUCUCAAUCAUAGCAGCAACAAUGUCUUUUGGUUAUGCAUUUAUUGGAAUUGGACUUUCUCUUGCUACCAUCAUCCAAGGAAAUGGAGCGAGUACUUCUUUAAUAGGAGGGAGCAAGGAGGGAAAUUUAGAAGACCGGGUGUGGAGUAUGCUUGUUGCAUUGGGAAAUGUUGCACUUGCCAGCAGCUAUUCUCAAAUUGCUAUAGAUAUUCAGGAUUCAUUGAAGUCAUCACCACCAGAAAACAAAGUGAUGAAGAUGGCAAAUAGAGUAGGAAUAUUUGCAAUGACAAAUAUCUUCCUCUUAUGUGCUUGCUCUGGUUAUGCUGCCUUUGGUUCCAACACUCCAGGAAGCAUCUUAAUGGGCUCUGGCUUUAAAGAGCCUUUUUGGCUUAUUGAUUUAGCCAAUGUUUUCCUUAUUGUGCAUUUGGUUGGAGCAUAUCAGGUAAUAGUACAACCUAUUUUUUGUGUGGUUGAACUAUCAGUGGGUCAAAGGUGGUCAGAAUCAAGUUUCAUAACUAAAGAGUAUCCAAUUGGCUUUGGCAAAAUGAAGUUCAACUUAAAUUUAUUUAGGCUAAUUUGGAGGACAAUAUUUGUAACAAUAGUGACAGUUUUGGCUAUGGCAAUGCCCUUUUUUAAUGAAAUGCUUGGCCUUCUUGGAGCUAUGGGGUAUUGGCCAUUAACAAUAUAUUUUCCAACUCAAAUGUAUAUUGCCAAGCAAAAGAUUAGGAGACAAACAUUCAAAUGGUUUGGACUUCAAACUUUGAACUUUAUUUUUAUGAUAGUGUCAAUAGUUGCAGCAUGUGCUGCCAUUCAUGGCAUGCAUGAAGCCUUUCAUAAGUACAAACCCUUUAUGUAUAAAGUGUAG